AUAAAAUUUUUCUUUCUUCGAUUUUUGUCCUUGUCACUUUUUCUCAUCAUACCAUUUUCUCACAUUAUCACAUUAUAUUAUUUUGCCUAUAUUAUUAGCCCUUUUUGAAUUAUUUUUCUGAGAAAAAAUAAAUAUGAUUUGUAUGGUUUCACGUACUGGAAGACAAUUACAGAGGUACAAUAAAGGUAGACGUCUUGUUGUUGGAUGUAUACCAUAUAGAUUUACAAUAAAUGGUGAAUUUGAAGUGCUUGUAGUUAGUUCACAAAAAGGUCAUGCAAUGAUGUUUCCCAAGGGUGGAUGGGAAAUAGAUGAAUCAGUAGAAGAAGCAGCUUCUCGUGAAUCUCUUGAAGAAGCUGGUGUUCUUGGCAUUGUUCAGUGUGAAUUAGGAAAAUGGAGAUUUAAGAGCAAGAGCCAAAGCAUAUAUCAUGAAGGUUACAUGUUUCCAUUGCUUGUUACUGAACAACUUUCUUUUUGGCCUGAACAAAAUCUCAGAAAAAGAGCAUGGAUGACAGUGGAGGAAGCAAGUGAAGCUUGUCAACAAUGGUGGAUGAAAGAAGCACUUGAGAAAUUAGUUAAUAGGCUUAAUUCAUCAGAAAUUGGAAAUUCUCUUAGCUAAAAAAAAUAAAUAGUUUAAUUCAUUUUGUUUAGGAUUUUGUAAUUUUGUAAAUAAAUCUAUAGAGGGAAAAAAAAAAUAGAAGUCUAAUGAAUGUUCAUAAAUGUUGGAUGGUCGAAGAAGGGCUUCAACAACUGUAUCAUUAAUUGUAUCAAUUAUCAUUCUAACAUAUAUAAAAAAAAAAUCUGAAAAUUACUCAAA